GGGUCACGUGGGGCGGGGCGGCCAAUGGAAAAGUCGGUAGGCCAAGACGUGGCAUGAAGUACGAAACUCUUUUACGUCCGCCAUAUUGACGUACGACAACUUUUGGGAGGAUUGGUGAAUGUGAUAGCGUUUCUUUGUGUGCAGAGUGUUGUUUUAAGAGAGGUUUACAUUGUCCAGCAGCCAACAUGGGGAACGUGUUUGCGAAUUUAUUCAAGGGCCUCUUUGGCAAGAAAGAAAUGAGGAUAUUAAUGGUAGGGUUAGACGCUGCGGGUAAAACCACUAUUUUAUAUAAACUUAAAUUAGGAGAAAUCGUUACGACUAUUCCCACUAUUGGAUUUAACGUCGAAACUGUAGAAUAUAAGAACAUCAGCUUCACAGUAUGGGACGUCGGCGGUCAGGACAAAAUUAGGCCGUUAUGGAGACACUAUUUCCAAAACACACAGGGCCUAAUCUUCGUAGUGGAUAGUAACGACAGGGAGCGUAUAGGUGAAGCAAAAGACGAACUGAUGCGCAUGCUAGCUGAGGACGAGCUCAGAGAUGCCGUUCUCUUAAUUUUCGCGAACAAGCAGGAUCUACCGAAUGCAAUGAACGCAGCUGAGAUUACGGAUAAGUUGGGACUGCACUCGUUGAGGAAUCGCAACUGGUAUAUCCAGGCGACCUGUGCGACUAGCGGAGAUGGUUUAUACGAGGGUCUGGACUGGCUCUCCAACCAACUGAAGAAUGCCAACCGUUAAAGAAAGUGCAGUGUUUUCAUUAUUUUUCAGUUUUUGUUCAGAAGCAAUCACUUAAAAUUAUUGUGAUUGGGACUGUCAAUGUUACUAUACCAUAUGUUGCAAUUAACAACUGUCACAUCCACUGUUUGUCGAACAUACUCUCUUUAAUAAAUUCGUUUAACGUGUUUUUUUGAUUUUUUAUUGUAGGUAUGGAGGGCAAACAGUAGAGUCCUACCAGCUAUGACACGUGUUUUUUUUUUUGUAUUUUCAGUACAUAUUUUAAGUGUAUUUAUAACUUGUACAGUAGUUUUCGUGUGAGAUUUUUUAUUUGUAACAUAUGGUAGGUUCCAUGUUCAUCAUAGGACAUCUUUUAUUGAGCACAGCUCAAAACAUUUUAUUGUUUACUUUUCUUGGUUAUUUUUUCUUUUGCAUUAAUUAUCGUAAUUCAUGUUUACGGAUAGCCGUUGAGAAAUAGGUUUUCUUUUUGACAAACAGCGGAGCGCAAGUGAUUUAUAAUAAAAUUUGAAAAUAAAUAAAAAUCGUCAUAAAAUAUAUAUUGGCUAAUCAGUCUCGUGAACAUUCCCGUUUGUCAACAUACUGUAUUAUGAAAUAAAUUUAUAUUAUUAACUUAUUGUCUUAUAAUUUAAUAAAUUUUAAUCAACAUGUUUUCUUUUAUUGUUUUUACUUUUUUUUUAAAGACUAAAAGAGAUAAAAAAACAUGUUUAUUAAAAUCGUUCAGUGUUUGGAGAUCUGCAACAAGCUAUUGGAAUUCUGUACAAUGGCCGAAAACGAGAGAUUGUUUUCCGCUACUAUAGUUAGUUAAUAUUAAUUACUGAAAMUAUUUUAGGUAUCGCUUUUGCGAUUAUGUAUGAAUGUCAAUCAUGUGAAAUAUAUUGUAUUGUGCUUGAUUGGUAAAAGACUUCUUUUAAUGCUUCAUGUGACAUUUUACCUAUUGUCAAAGAAUUUAAGAAAAGCGAAUAUGUGACAAUACAAUACAUAUUUUUAUUUAGAUUUUUUAACAUGGUUGAAGACAGUAGUUGAUUGCAGUUCCGCAAAUAAAUCACAUUUCAUAUUAAA